AUGGGUUGGUUCGAUAACAACAACACCGAGGUCGUUGAGGAAUUCAACCAGUACGACCAAUACUCUGGGAACAAGGAGCAUCACGCCCACCUCUCCCACGAGAUCAUCGGCGGUGCUGCUGCUUAUGAAGCUGCCAAGGCAUACGAGGAUCACGUUGCCAAGAAUGGCAAGCCAGAUAGCCAUGCCAAGGCUAAGGAGUUCUUAGUCGGAGCCGUUGGUGCUUUCGUCGAACGAGAGUUUGAGACCAAGGGUCUGGACUUCUAUGACAAGGAGGAGGCAAAGCGUCACGGCGAACGUAAGGCGCACGAGGAGCUUGACAACCAGUACUAG